AUGGACAAAAAGUCAACUACUGCUAAAGCAAGAAAAGCAAUGAAAGAAGUAAAAUGUAGAAGAAAUGAAUUGAAAAAUAAGAAAAGUGCAAAACUUGCAAAGAGCGAAAUAAAGGAAGGGAAAACGUAUGAGAGUAACAUUGCACUAAACUUACAGUUGCCCAGCAAUAUGGCUAAUUCUGAUCCACUGCAAACCCUUGAGUCUAUAACUAAUGAACAACACCAGAGAUAUGAGAAACUAGUUCCGCAAGUCCGAAUAAAACAAAAUAAUUGUAUACAAUAUGAUGAGUCAAAAACAUACAAGUUUAUUUUGUUCGAUACCGAGACAACCACCAUGGGAAAAGCAGCAGAAAUUUGUCAAUUGUCGGCGAUAGAUGAUGUGGGACAAAAUGAAUUUUCAUGUUACCUUAUGCCUGAAAGUAAUGUUAGCAAGCACGCUACAGAAAUUAAUAAACUAGAAAUUUUUAAAGUAAACGGGGAAAGAGUACUCUAUCACCAAGGCCAACCUGUGCAGAGUAGCAGUUUAAAGGAAGCCCAAGUGUCGUUCAUCAAUUAUAUAAACAAAGUCAGUACGAACGACAAAGAAAUGAAAGAAUGCAUACCUGUUCUGGUAGGACACAAUGCGAUGACCUUUGAUAUCCCAAUUCUUCUCCGUACUUCAAUUCCACCGUUUAUGACAAAACUGAAACGUUUGAAUGUUCAUUUUGGAGAUAGUUUAAUCUUAGCCAAGCAAAUCUUGAAAGGGGAACGUCCUGCGCUUCGGUUGUCUGAUAAUACAUUUUCCAAAGCCUCGUUGGGAUGCCUACAUUCGACCUUAUUUGACCAGUCGUUUCCAGCACACGAUGCCCUCGAAGACGUUAAAGCACUCCGAAGAAUUCUUUUUGAGUCCAAUUUGACAUUGACCAGUGAAAUUAUCGUUUCAAAAUCAAAUGUCAUGUCGUGUGAAAAUGCGUUGGCUGUCGUCCAGCAUAUGGAUCUGUCUUACGAUCGAUUCCAAAGGUUUAUGGGCAAUCUCCACAAUCCCGACAAAAAUAGAAGUGUUAUUUCGAAGUCAAUGGCCAAUAAGAUAGCAGAGAGUGGCAUGACAUUCACAGAUCUGGUUGCAUUAUUCAGACAAGGUGGAUGUGAAGGCAUCAUUGCUGUCCUUGGCUUGCCACCUACGACCAUGCGAACUUCAAAACCACGGGUAACAAAAAAUCGAAGAAUUUUGAACGCUAUAUGUUCAUAUUUUGUCUCUUCAGUGUAA